CUAUUUACAAUUCUACUAACAGUUGUCCCAGUGCAGUCGCCUCCUUGGCUCUGAGCUUCUGUAGCCUACUGUGUGCUCUCUGACCCCGGUGGCAGUCCUCUCGCAGACUCGCGCUGCUCCGCUCUCUCGGGCUCCCCCCUUCUCUUCUCACAUCGAGGCUCCUAUCUCGCCCGUUGCCUUUCUGUCGCAUUUCCUCAAGAGCCAGCCGAGGGUCUCCCAGGGUCGAAGGUUCUGCCCUGCUAGCCACGACCUCCACCUCUCAAGACCUCCAAGUUGUCUGCGUUAUCUAUGGGACGGCGUUUUUGACAACAUAGAGAGAGAGCUAACCCUGAGAACAUAUCUACCGGAUGAACGGAACUCGCCACCCGUUUGGCAAGAACAUCGCUGGGAAAAAAUAACGAGGCACAAAGCGAUUGUGGCCAGUUGUCCAGAGGGCCGGUGGGUCUGAGUUAGUGAACGGGGCUGUUCUGAAUGAUGCCCACUCCCUAAAAUGGUUCUGGAUCCUGGUAAACUAACUGCCCAUGUCCCAAGCAGCAGAGCCAUGGCUCACAGAAACCCCCCCUCUCAGGGCAAGGUGACCAUCACUGUGGACGAGUACAGCUCCAACCCGACACAGGCCUUCACCCACUACAACAUUAACCAGAGCCGCUUCCAACCACCCCAUGUCCACAUGGUGGAGCCCAUUCCCUAUGACGCCCCUAAACCCUCCGGUCAUACACGUUUCGUCUGCGUGUCGGACACACACUCCAGGACGGAUGGGAUCCAGAUGCCAUACGGAGAUGUCCUGCUUCAUACUGGGGACUUCACUGAACUGGGCCUACCCUCUGAGGUCAAGAAAUUCAAUGACUGGCUAGGGAGUCUACCUUAUGAAUUCAAGGUGGUGAUUGCAGGGAACCAUGAACUGACGUUUGACAAGGACUUCAUGGCUGAGCUGGUCAAGCAGGAUUACUAUCGCUUUCCCUCCGUCUCUAAGCUGAGACCAGAGGACUUUGACGAUGUUCAGGCCCUUCUCUCUAACUGUACUUACCUGCAGGACUCUGAGGUCACAGUCAAGGGAUUCCGCAUAUACGGGGCACCAUGGACACCGUGGUUUAAUGGCUGGGGUUUUAACCUUCCCCGCGGCCAGUCUCUAUUGGAUAAGUGGAAUCAGGUUCCAGAGGGCAUAGAUGUUCUCAUGACCCACGGACCUCCCCUCGGUUUCCGGGACUGGGUUCCCAAGGAGCUGCAGAGAGUGGGCUGUGUGGAGCUGCUGAACACAGUACAGCAGAGGGUCCGACCCAAGCUCCACGCCUUUGGGGGCAUCCAUGAGGGGUACGGCAUUAUGACGGAUGGAUGCACAACUUUCAUCAACUCCUCCACCUGUACAGCCAGUUUCCAGCCCACAAACCCCCCCAUCGUAUUUGACCUGCCCAACGCAUAGAGCAUCGUAAAAUAAACCAGCAUUUUUUAAAUUCAGUUGUACGAAAUGCUAAUCUUCAAGAUAUUUGUCUUUUGUAAACUGCUUGUAAAAAUGCAUGAAAAUCGGAUUCUGGUAUUGAAAUGAUCUUUGUAAAAUAUUCCAUAUUUUCCAUUUGUUUGCAUUUGCUGAAGUGGCUGGUUUUCUGUAUUGUGGUUUUCUUUGUUUCCUCCAUGAAGAUGGAUAAGCGCCUUGCCUCACAGGCAAGUACACUGCCUGACCGUAACAGGACUCUUUACAUAAGCAAUACUUGACCUCAUGAUGAUGAUUGAACAUGCAUUUGGCAUUGUAACUUAAGUUAUUUGGUCUCUGUUAAAGGCCUGUGUAUUGUUAAAAAUGAAGCCUUUGAAAUGAAAUUGUAUGUUGACAUUUGUAUGAAAUUGGUCCAAUUAUUCUAUACCCAGUAUAGAUGAAUCUCUUGUGCUCUCACACUUGUGUAAGAGCUUUAUGUGUACUGGUGCAUCAUCUCCCUUGAUCUGUGGCGCAACGUUUUGGAACGUUCAGAGAGAAAUAUGCUAUGUGGACCUAUCUGCAACGUUCGAUCACAUUUGGCUCCUGAACUUGGCCGUGUUUUUCUCUAGUCAAGGUCAUUGAUUGACUGGCCAGUCUUGUGGUACCGUUUGACAUCAAACCGUUCAUUUCCAUCUUAUGAAUAAUCAGCUGUAAAGAACACUUUCACUUGAUGUUAAUUGAAAACAGAUGCUGCAUAUUCUCAAAUGACCCCAUCUUCCAUGGAGUACAUGUGAGCCGGUGCUUGUGUGAGUUUUCAACAUGCGCAAAUCAGGCAUUUUCAUCUCACUUUAAGAUUUGUAUCGAUAUUCAACAGCUGUAAAAUAUUUGGGAUGCCCUCUAAAGUACAAUUCUGCUAAUUGUUUUGUUUUUUUCUCUGAUUUUUGCACUGUGUGAAAAUGCUAUCUUGCUAGCACAAAACAAGUUGCCAACGGUAGUCUUCUGUCAUUGUAAAUGCCUGUUUAGUUUCCUGGUUUAUGAACCUUUUUUAACUUGAUGAAUUUAGUUGCCUUUAUAUGCAAAUAAAAUUGCAAGAUUUUUACCUGUUGAA